UAUUGCCCAUCAUAGCGAUCGUGCCAAGAACGGUCGUAUGUUCCAAGGUAUGAGAUGGAGUGCCAAGUUAAUCAGUCUGCGAGCUCCCAUUGCAAGCCCCAGACUGCACGGCUCUACGCGGUUUAAAACACCACCGGAGGGAAUCCGCGCUUGCUAUGACGGUUGCAAAGAAGUAGAUCCUCCCAAGCACUUCGACCCCGCGAGGCGAGGAUCGGAAUAUUAAAACCCCGCCCCCUUCACCCACUUCGGGCCUCCAACCCCCACCUCACGCCUUUCUCUGGUGUAACAUCUCCAAUGGCUUCCAUAGCGCCUAAUAUUUGUAAUAUACUCUCGAUCUUAUUGUUCCUCUCCUCCUCCUGUCAUGUCUUCUACGUCGCCAGGAGCUACCCCCACAAGUACAGCGUCGGCGAACCUCUUUCCGUGAAGGUGAACUCGCUCACCUCCAUCGACACCGAGCUCUCCUAUGGCUACUACUCGCUCCCGUUCUGCCAGCCCCGGGGGGGCAUCAAGGACAUGGCCCAGAACCUGGGCGAGCUCUUCAUGGGCGACCGCAUCGAGAAGUCCCCCUACCACUUCAAGAUGCUCACCAACGAGUCCGACCUCUUCCUCUGCCGCUCCGGUCCCCUCUCCGCCGACGACUUCAACCUCCUCAGGAAGCGGAUCGACGAGAUGUACCAGGUUAACCUCAUCCUUGACAACAUCCCCGCCGUGCGCUACACCAAGCGCGACGACUCCCUCCUCGUCUGGACCGGCUACCCCGUCGGCAUCAAGGCCGGCGACGCCUACUACCUUUUCAACCACCUCAAGUUUACUGUCAUAGUCGACAAAGGCGAGGAGACCAACGUGGCCUCCGUCCUGGGCACCGGCGGCGCCGCCAGAAUGAUCCCCUCCAACUCGGGGAAGUCCGGCGACGUCAUGCCGGGCUACACGGUCGUUGGCUUUGAAGUCGUCCCCUGCAGCUUCUCUCACGAUCUGGAGUCGGUCAAGAAUUCCGAGAUGUAUGAUAAGUACCCGGGGAAGAUCAAUUGCGACCCGGCAACGGUGGCGAUGGCCAUCAAGGAAAACCAGCCGGUGGUAUUCACCUACGGGGUCGACUUUGUGGAGAGCCACAUCAAGUGGCCGUCACGGUGGGACGCCUAUUUGAAGAUAGAGGGCUCCAAGGUGCACUGGCUCUCGAUCCUCAAUUCGUUGAUGGUCAUCGCCUUCCUCGCAGUUAUUUUGUUGCGGACGGUGCGGCGCGACUUGACUCGCUAUGAGGAGCUCAACAAGGAGGCGCAGGCACAGAUGAACGAGGAGCUCUCAGGGUGGAAACUCGUAGUCGGGGACGUUUUCCGAGCGCCGGACAAUCCGACGUUGCUCUGUGCGAUGGUCGGAGAUGGUCUUCAGAUUCUCGGGACGGCAGUGGUGACCAUCUUGUUUGCUGCACUCGGAUUCAUGUCUCCGGCUUCUCGGGGAACUCUGAUCACCGGAAUGCUCUUCUUCUACGCGGUACUGGGGACAUUGGGAGGUUACGGUGCCGUGAGGCUCUGGAAGACGCUGAGGUGCGGCGAUCAUUCCGGCUGGAUGUCGGUCUCGUGGCGUGUCGCCUGCUUCUUCCCUGGUAUUGCCUUUCUGAUCCUGACCGUUCUCAAAAUCCUUCUCUGGGGAAGUCAUGGCACCGGGGCCAUCCCCUUCAGUUUGUUCGCUAUAUUGCUUCUGCUCUGGUUCUGCAUCUCUGUGCCUCUUACGAUGCUGGGUGGGUUCCUCGGUGCGAAAGCACCUCACUUUGAGUAUCCUGUGAGGACUAAUCACAUCCCUCGCGAGAUCCCUCCGCAAAAGUACCCAUCUUGGCUGUCUGCUCUGGCUGCCGGCACGCUGCCAUUCGGCACUCUGUUCUUCGAACUCUUCUUUAUAUUGUCUAGCUUGUGGAUGGGCCGAGCCUACUAUUUCUUCGGGUCCCUCUUCAUCGUUUUGAUCCCCCUCGUUGUUGUUUCCGCUGAAGUUUCCGUUGUGCUCACUUACAUGCACCUAUGUGUGGAAGAUUGGAGGUGGUGGUGGAAGGCAUUCUUCGCUUCUGGAUCGCUGGCCAUAUACAUUUUCUUGUACUCGGUGAACCAUCUGAUGUUUGAUCUCAAGAGUUUGAGCGGGCCAGUAUCGGCUGCUCUCUACCUUGGCUGCUCACUCUUAAUGGUUCUUGCCAUCAUGCUUGCCACGGGGACGGCUGGAUUCAUUUCUUCCUUCUGGUUUGUUCGUUACCUUUUGUCCUCAGUGAAGCUACAUUGAGAUGCCAUGGCAUGGCGAAGCUAUCCGGACACUGGAGCAGUACUUGAAAUCCCAUGGUAAGUGACCAGAAUGCUCUCUAUGUCACCAGUAUAGCUCUUGGACGUUGUCAUUUUAGUUCGAGACUGGAUAUAAAAAAUAAUACCUCAUUUGAACUCUUAUGAUUCCUUUACGGGUUCCUUCAAGAUGUAAUAGCUUGUGCUAGCCCAAGCUUUCUAUUCAUUUCCUGUAGUUUUUCACCGAAUCUGUUCUCAAGCAUUUUCGCUGCUGGGAUGUCAGUCACUGUAUUUGGUGAGAUGCGUGAUGCUUUGUUAGAUUUCCCCUGUUCUGUUAAGAAGUUUGAUAUUAUUUUCA